UGUAAUCUCCUUAACCCUCACAAACCAGAAAUCGAACAUUUUCAAGUUGUACCCGAAAAUGGUACUAGGGCUCAGACAAUUCACCGACAGAAGCGGCGACGGUGCUGGAGAACCAGUUCUCAACACCGAAAAUGAAGAGGAGAUUAUGCACGUCCAGCACAGCGUUUCCAUCGUCAUAGGCAAUCGCUCCCCAGAAUCACCCGGCACUCUCUAUAUCUCCACUAAGAAAGUGGUGUGGUUAAGUGACGUAGAUAGAUCAAAAGGAUAUGCGGUUGAUUUCUUGUCUCUGUCACUGCAUGCGGUAUCAAGGGAUCCAGAGGCUUACCCCUCUCCUUGCAUUUACACUCAGAUCGAGAUAGAAGAUGAUGGAGAUGAGUCAGAUGGUUCAGAUUCAGAAAGUAACGAGGUUUUGGACUUAUCAAAAGUCACAGAGAUGAGGCUUGUACCUUCAGAUCCCAGCCAAUUGGAUACUCUGUUUCAGAUAUUUUGUGCGUGUGCUGAACUAAAUCCUGAACCUCUUGAUGAGGAUGAUGAAGAGGGGAACAAUUGGGUUUUUAGUGCUGAUCAAAUGCCAGAUGAUGCUGCAGAGGAGGAAGAUUCUGAAUGGCAUUUCUCCCAAAAUCCUACAAGCUCAAUUGGUCAUUCAAACGGGGAUCAUGAUGUAGCACAUAGAGUGCUUGAGCUUCAAAUAAAUGAUCAACGGUUUGAAGACCCAGAAGAGAUGGAAGAGGGAAGUCACAGUGGUCAUCAGUGAGCUUCCACUUUUGGGGAUUGAAACAGUUUGUUCAACCGCUGUCCCUGUAAUUCAUGAAAAUUGUGCUCCACAUGUAAAUUGUUUAAUCAUGUUCGACGGUUGGCAAGACCAUUGUCCUGUUUUGUAGUGCAGCUUGUGGCAUUUUUAAAUGUUGAUUUCAUCUGACUGCUAAUGUGGAAGUAGACAAGUUCUUGGGGUAAUACACUAAUUCUUAUCAUCGUGCAAA